AUGGGUCUUGGUUUCAGCUCCCAGAAGUCACAGAUCUACUUUCCUGCGACUCCUGCGACGGUGAAAGUACGGCAAGUUCGAGGCUCUAAAGAGACGACGCAUUGUUCGUUGCGGAAAGUCAUAGAACGCAGGUGCCCCGCCCUAUUUGAGGAUUUUUCGCCUGCGUGGUGGUUGUUCAAUGGACAUUUGCAAACAUUAUACUGUGUUGCGGGAGAAUUUUCUCACAUCGACAAGAUAAAAUAUGAUAGAACCUAUCUUCAUUUGCUAGAUGGCGGAACAUUGUCCGAACAACUUGUUGCAUCUCGGAUGAUUCGCCUAUCCUUGUUACUGUCACUGUCUUGGAUGGAGGAAAGUGGCUACGAGGCCUAUAUCCGAGCGAUUCUAGCACCGGCUUGCUCUUCUGUAGAGAAAGGUGGUCUUGGGUACCGAGGAGCGGUCGUCAAUAUCCGUGGCUGUGCUGGCGUACCAAUUCAUGGAGGUCCGACCGAUGACUUGCGGCAGGCGCUUCUUUACAUAUCAAAUCGCUAUCCUUCUGCGCCCUUAAUUGGACUCGGGUUCUCGCUCGGCGCAAACAUCGUCUUACGGUAUCUUGCCGAAGAGAAGGAGCUGAGUCGAUUAUCGACUGCUUGCAUUCUGAGUUGUCCUUGGCAUCUGAAGAUUCACAGUAAAAUAACAGUGGCUAACCUUCUUGGUCCUUAUGGCUACGUUAGCGCGAGAGGGAUACACGAUAGUCUCGUACGAUUUCUUACGAUUCACUUCGUGCCGACGUUCACGCAAGCACCCUUCCACGAAGCAUUAAUGACUGCUACGGUAUCCCGAGAAUCGACGACACUCACGCAAUUCCACUAUCAUGCUACCCGCACCUCAAACAGUAAUGUCCCGCAGGCCUAUGACUUUGCCACCGUGAAAGAUGACGCGACAUGGGCGUCUAGCCUGGUUGAUAUCCGGGUCCCACUACUGACGCUGAAUGCGAAGGAUGAUCCGGUUGCUUACACCACUCCACACGGUGUCGCGAACGAGAAUGUCUGUAUGGUUGUCACACCAGGAGGCGGACACCUUGGAUGGUUCGAGUCUCGGAACACUCGGUGGGUUACGAGACCGGUCUUGCAGUGGUGCAGAAUGAUAGUAGAAGACUUCGUGUUGGAACGGAAGCAUGGAAGAGAGACAUUUAUAGCAGAGGGUGGUUUCUUGAAAGAGGUGGGUCAAGACCAUAUCGGAUGUAUGGAGAUUGAGGGGGGCUUGGAAGGGAUGAUAGUGGGGAUGAACCCGGAGGAAUUUUCUUUUGAAUGA